UUUAUCCCUUCCGUAACGUUUCUCGUACUCGCUAUUCAAGCUGAUGGUGUGGACUGUAUAGUCUUGGUUGGUACACGUAUCCUCACGCUUAAUGCUUCAUUCUGUCGUUAGCUUCAACCCGUCUUCCAUUGUUCUUUUCUUUCUCUGCACCCCAAUUGCUCUUUUUUUUAUUUCAUGUGAUAGUUUAAACCUCUCUAAUUUUCUCAACCCCUGACACUGAAACAGCAUCUUCUUGGAUGCUGACGAGUUGUUCCAAAAUUGGGUGGUUUUGUUUCGCCACUGUCUAUUUUGAGACACAGUUUGACGAAUUUUGUGUUGGAUGAGUUGAAUUUACAGAAAGUUGAUAGACGGGCAGUUCUAUUUGCUCCCGAACCGGACUUGUCCAAGGGAAGAGAAACGUGUGUGAUUAAAUGGCCUCUGCACAUGGCUUUUCUCCAUUCGCCGACUCGGGUUUGAUGUUUUCUUCCUCGACUUCACUGCAGCGCCAUCGUUUUUGUUCUGCUGCGUCUUGCCGUACACUUUCCACCAAAUUUUAUCAUGGGGUUUCAAUCAAUGUCUGCAACAAAUACCAAAAUCCUGUGUUCUUGGUUUCAAAAUCCAGUUCUAGUCGAGGAUUUAGGCUAUCUAAAUCGGUGGAGUUGGACCAUUUCUUGACUAGCGAUGAUGAAGGCGAAAUGGGUGAGGGCUUCUUCGAAGCAAUUGAGGAGCUUGAGCGAAUGGCGAGAGAGCCAUCUGACAUUCUGGAGGAAAUGAACGACCGUCUUUCUGCGAGAGAGUUGCAACUCGUGCUGGUCUACUUCUCUCAAGAUGGAAGAGAUUCGUGGUGUGCACUGGAGGUGUUUGAUUGGCUGCGAAAGGAAAACCGAGUGGAUAAGGAAACAAUGGAGCUUAUGGUGGCGAUCAUGUGUGGAUGGGUGAAGAAGUUGAUUCAAGAACAGCAUAGUGUUGCUGACGUCGUUGACCUCCUUGUGGAUAUGGAUUGUGUUGGUUUGAGGCCUGGUUUCAGCAUGAUAGAGAAGGUGAUUUCUUUGUAUUGGGAAAUGGGUGAGAAGGAAAGAGCGGUUAUGUUUGUGGAAGAGGUUCUGAGGCGAAGAAUUUCUUAUGCCGAGGAUGACCUGGAAGGGCAUAAAGGAGGGCCAACAGGGUAUCUUGCUUGGAAGAUGAUGGUUGAGGGUGACUAUAGAGGCGCAAUCAGAUUAGUGAUUAAUUUUAGAGAAUCUGGGCUGAAGCCAGAGGCCUACAGUUAUCUUAUUGCAAUGACUGCUGUGGUUAAGGAGCUGAAUAAAUUUGCUAAAGCUCUUCGCAAGCUGAAAGGUUUUGCGAGGGCUGGGUUGGUAGCUCAGCUAGAUCUUGAAGAUGUAGAGCUCGUAGAGAAGUAUCAAUCAGAUCUUCUAGCUGAAGGGGCGUGCUUGUCCAAUUGGGUUAUGCAAGACGGUAGCCAAUCUCUUUAUGGUGUGGUUCAUGAGAGGCUCCUUGCUAUGUACAUAUGUGCUGGCCGAGGAAUAGAGGCUGAGAGGCAGCUGUGGGAAAUGAAGCUUGUGGGUAAGGAGCCUGACAGGGGCCUCUAUGACAUUGUUCUUGCCAUUUGUGCUUCACAGAAGGAAGCCAGAGCCACAGCAAGGCUGCUGACCCGAUUAGAGGUUUCAAGCUCGCUACAGAAGAAGAGGAGCUUGUCAUGGCUGUUGAGAGGCUAUAUCAAAGGAGGGCAUUUUAAUGAGGCGGCAGAGACACUCAUGAAAAUGCUCGAGUUAGGGUUCUAUCCAGAGUAUUUGGACAGGGCUGCUGUGCUUCAAGGAUUGAGGAAGAGAAUCCAACAAUUUGGAAAUGUAGAUACUUACCUCAAGCUUUGUAAGUCCCUCUCUGAUGCAAAUCUAAUAGGACCUUGUCUUGUAUAUCUGUAUAUAAGGAAACAUAAGCUUUGGGUCGUGAAAAUGCUUUAAGAAAGUGAGUUUAUAUCAUGCCAAUUUUCCAAUCAUUUUCUUUAAGUAUAGUAGUACACCACAAGCACUGAUUUCGUUGGUGCUUGCUUACGUUUUACUUUGUAUAGCAUCCUGUCUGGUCUUGUAUAAUCUGCAAAAUGGACAAGUCCUUGUGGUAAAGUAAUGGUGUGAUUUAUACAUAUAAUCUCUGACUGAGGAGCGAAGUACUCAUGUCAUGAAAUAUGCUUUGGUAAUGCUAUUGCUUCAAGUUUAUUACUAGAUACUGUGUAAGUACUCUUUGGUUGACCACAUCAAAUGGUGUUAUCUGGUUAAGAAUGAAUGGGAGGACAUGGAUUGUGCUAUUGAAACAAGAACAAACCCAACAAGCAAUAUCUUGGAUGACUCAAAACUAAACAAGUAGAAGGGUGCUAUAGGGAUUGAUGGAGGGCAUUAAGCCACGUGUUUUUCACAUGAUCAAAUAGAAGAAUGAUGGUUGUUUACUUUAGCCAAAUGCACUGACUUUGUCUCACAGUUAACAUUUCCUCUUGCACAGUAUCAGGAUUUGAGCAGAAUUCAUGUGUCCAGUGUCAUAAUAUAUAUUUUGUUUUUCCUCAAUAGUGAAGACAAUUUAUACCGCAGCUAAUGUGGGAUAUAGUGAAGGAAGAAAAUGUAACCUACCAAUGUUCUUGGUUCAACUGGUCUCGGUGGAAUUUAAUUAUACACCUCUUUGUAACCUAA